CCUGCGGAGUUAACGUCACUUCCGGGGUCAGCCAAGCGCUAUGGCCGCUAACGCGGAGCCGAGGCGGAGGCCGGGAGUCGGGGUCGGCGUGGUGGUGCUGAGCAGUGAGCAUCCUCGCUGCGUCCUUCUGGGGAAAAGGAAAGGGUCGUUUGGAGCCGGCAGUUUCCAGCUUCCUGGGGGCCAUUUGGAAUUCGGAGAGACCUGGGAAGAAUGCGCUCAGAGGGAAACCUGGGAAGAGGCUGGCCUUCACCUGAAGAAUGUGCGCUUUGCCUCAGUGGUAAAUUCUUUUGUUGAGAAAGAGAAUUACCAUUAUGUCACCAUAUUAAUGAAAGGAGAGGUAGACUUGACUCAUGAUUCAGAGCCGAGGAAUAUGGAACCUGAAAAGAAUGAAAGUUGGGAGUGGGUUCCUUGGGAAGAAUUUCCUCCCUUAGACCAGCUUUUCUGGGCUCUCCGUUGUCUGAAAGAGCAAGGUUAUGACCCAUUUAAAGAGGACCUGCACCACCUGGAAGGGUACCAAGGGAGGCACCUUGAAAGGACCAAGAUGAUUCCUUGAUUAAAAAAAUCUUCAGUAAAUGAAAAGUUCUGUUUCAGGACAACUUGAUUUUAUCCAUAGAGCCAUGUAUGUGGUCACCAGUUUAUCUGCAGUCCCCUGAUGGAAUUCAAGAGCCUUCAGAAACCUUUUCUGGAUUCAUCAUCUGCACCACUACUCGGUGACUUUUGUUGUCAGCCGCUUGGAGGCGAGCGUGAUAGAUUGCCUUGUUCUAGUUCAAACAGAGGUCGGUCAGGACUCAAUGUGGCUAUUCAUGGUCAAAAGCGAUGUGCCUACUGCAAAAUCCGUCGUGCUUGAUGGUUUCUCCUUUUUGUUUUCAGCCACUGGGACUUCUAAAUGACAGUUCAUGUAACUAGAGAGUAUAUGAAAAGCAGUAUGCCGUAUUCCCCUGGCUUCUGAGAGAAUCCAUGAUAAGUGUGAGACUAGGCUGCGGAUCCUACUAACGGCCAGGUCCUCUGCAUCUCCCUUUCACGGCCUGAGACUGGGCAGGGUCCUUGUAUGUUGGGCUUACACAGGGCAGUGCAUGGAAUCACCUACUGUGGGGGAUUUCUCAGAGGUCAAGAACUUCCCAGAACAUCACAGCCAAAGGUUGGUUGGCUGCUUUCUCUCCCUAGCAAAUUGUAAAAUUUUACUGUAAGAGAUUCAACAGUGAAAUGUCUUACAGAACAGCACUGCGUUGUUGCUUGCUUUGAAAGCUGAGGGUGAUUUGGUUUUUAACCUGCUUCUGGCUUGCGAGGGGACUUCUGGUUUAAGAGAAUCAUGACCUUGGCCUCAGGGCCACAUCCUUAGCUAAGGUUAACAGCUGAAGCCGCUGACCAGGCCUCCAUGCUGAUCAGCAUCCAGGCUUGGGUCGCACGAGCCCUCAGCCUCCUUAGGUCAGGCAUAGCUUGGUUUUCUGGCUGAUGCAGUUUCUGUUACUGGGCAGUCAUUGGCCCUCCUGCUGCACAGGGCCCUGCCAAGCUCUUCCUGUGAGGUGGGUUUUCUUCAUCGCCAUCUCUGUCCCGCACAGGUGCCAUGUGAGCCCUUCAUCCUUUACUUGAGGGCCCUGUUCUUUACCCAGUAUUCCUGUUUCACCUGGGUUAAUUCUUGAACAGGGCAAAACCACUGAAGAUGGUUGGGGAGUGCUGGCCACACCUCCCGUGCACUGCCCAGGCAAAUGACUGAAGAGAACUGUGCCUGCACAGCCCGGAGUUAUUUUUAGAAUGGUCAGCUAUCACUAAUCUCUUCAUUUAUUGGGUCUCAGGCUGGCUUCCAGCUGAGGAUAACCUUAAACUUCCAACUCUGCCCUGGCUGCCCUGAUGCUGGAUGCCCUCCCUCUAAGUCUACACAGUAGUUCCCUGAGUGGCUGGCGCAUCAUUAGUUUCUUGGAUUGCUUUGUUUUGGUACUGGGGGUUGAACUUAGGGCUUUACACAUGACAGGCGACUGCCAUGACAGACCGAAUGCAAAGGUAGCAAGAGAGGCCAGCUUCCUCUGUCGGGUCAAACAUCGAAGAGAUGUGCCAGGAUCUAAAAUGACUUUCUCGCUAAAUAGUUUAUAAAAACUAUGUUAACAUGUAUUUGAUUUGUAUCAUAUGGUCAAUAAACUUUCCUAAUUUUAAA